UGCUGAGGCAGCAGAGCAGGGGCGGGGAGCACCGCCCGCCAGCCUCCCCGCGGCUCCUCCCCACUCUCCCAGGCCCACUCCCAAACUUAAGCACACGCUCCCCUGUUCCAGCCAGAAGCCCUGCGUGAGCCUCUACACGUAGCCGCAGACAGCUCCUUAAAUAGGUCGGAGUUGAGCAAACAAUCCCAGACGUAGGGCCGGGGAAGGCGAGCGGAGGCGACCGCACCGGCGCGGCGGGUCAGCCGGCGGCCAAUAGCCGGGGUGCGGCCCGCCCUGUCGCCUCCCCCUCGGGGAGCCUAUAACUUGCCCGCAGCGGCCGGGGGGCGCCCACUCCUGCGCGCCUCCGCGACGGCUUCAUUCCGGCCGGCCGCCCGCCCGCCGCUCCAGCCACCCGCCGCGCCUCCGCCGCGCGCACUUGGCACAGGGGUCCCGCCCGUAGUCGUCGCCCCGGGCGGACCGGGGUCCCUGCGCUCUCGCGAGAAGUGAGCCGCCGCUGGGCGGUCGGGGCGCCGGAGCCGGCGCGGGCUCUCCAGGCCGAAGAUGGGGUGCUGCGGGGUGAAGCUGCAGCUGCUGCUGCUGGAGCUGCUGUUCCAGCUCUGGAGUCCCUGCCUGGGCGCAGACUCGGAGAAGGCUCCCAGCAUCCGCACAGAUAAAUUACUAGUCAUAACUGUAGCAACGAAAGAAAGUGAUGGAUUCCAUCGAUUUAUGCAAUCUGCCAAAUACUUCAAUUAUACUGUGAAGGUCCUUGGUCAAGGAGAAGAGUGGAGAGGUGGUGAUGGAAUUAAUAGUAUUGGAGGGGGCCAGAAAGUGAGAUUAAUGAAAGAAGUCAUGGAACAUUAUGCCAAUCAAGAGGAUUUGGUUAUUUUGUUUACUGAAUGCUUUAAUGUCAUAUUUGCUGGUGGUCCAGAAGAAGUUCUAAAAAAGUUCCAAAAGUCAAACCACAAAGUUGUGUUUGCAGCAGAUGGAAUUCUGUGGCCAGAUAAAAGACUAGCAGACAAGUAUCCCAUUGUGCACAUUGGGAAACGCUACCUGAAUUCGGGAGGAUUUAUUGGUUAUGCUCCAUAUAUCAACAAGAUUGUUCAACAAUGGAAUCUCCAGGACAAUGAUGAUGAUCAGCUAUUUUACACCAAAAUUUACAUUGAUCCACUGAAGAGGGAAGCUAUUAACAUCACAUUGGAUCACAAAUGCAAAAUUUUCCAGGCUUUAAACGGAGCUGUAGAUGAAGUUGUUUUGAGAUUUGAAAAUGGCAAAGCCAGAGCUAAGAAUGUAUUUUAUGAAACCUUACCAGUGGCAAUUAAUGGAAAUGGACCCACCAAGAUUCUCCUGAACUAUUUUGGAAACUAUGUACCAAAUGCAUGGACGCAGGAUAAUGGCUGCACUCUUUGUGAUCUGGAUACCAUUGACUUAUCAACAGUAGAUGUCCAUCCAAAUGUAACAAUAGGAGUUUUUAUUGAACAACCAACCCCUUUCCUACCUCGAUUUCUGGACAUAUUGUUGACACUGGAUUACCCAAAAGACGCACUUAAACUCUUUAUUCAUAACAAAGAAGUUUAUCAUGAAAAGGACAUCAAAGUAUUUUUUGAUAAAGCUAAACGUGAAAUCAAUACUAUAAAAAUAGUAGGACCAGAAGAAAAUCUAAGUCAAGCUGAAGCCAGGAACAUGGGAAUGGAUUUUUGCCGUCAGGAUGAAAAUUGUGAUUAUUAUUUUAGUAUGGAUGCAGAUGUUGUUUUGACAAAUCCAAGGACCUUAAAAAUUUUGAUUGAACAAAACAGAAAGAUCAUUGCUCCUCUUGUAACUCGUCAUGGAAAGCUGUGGUCCAACUUCUGGGGAGCCUUGAGUCCUGAUGGAUACUAUGCCCGAUCUGAAGAUUAUGUGGAUAUUGUUCAAGGGAAUAGAGUAGGGAUAUGGAAUGUCCCAUACAUGGCUAAUGUGUACUUAAUUAAGGGAAAAACGCUUCGAUCAGAGAUGAAUGAAAGGAACUAUUUUGUUCGUGAUAAAUUGGAUCCUGAUAUGGCUCUGUGCCGAAAUGCUAGAGAAAUGACUUUACAAAGGGAAAAAGACUCCCCUACUCCGGAAACAUUCCAAAUGCUCAGCCCCCCAAAGGGUGUAUUUAUGUACAUUUCUAAUAGACAUGAAUUUGGAAGACUUUUAUCAACUGCUAAUUACAAUACUUCCCAUUAUAACAAUGACCUCUGGCAGAUUUUUGAAAAUCCUGUGGACUGGAAGGAAAAGUAUAUAAACCGUGAUUAUUCAAAGAUUUUCACCGAAAAUAUAGUUGAACAGCCUUGUCCAGAUGUCUUUUGGUUUCCCAUCUUUUCUGAAAAAGCCUGUGACGAAUUGGUGGAAGAAAUGGAGCAUUAUGGCCAGUGGUCUGGGGGGAAACAUCAUGAUAGCCGUAUAUCUGGUGGUUAUGAAAAUGUCCCAACCGAUGAUAUCCACAUGAAGCAAAUUGAUCUGGAGAAUGUAUGGCUUCAUUUUAUCCGGGAGUUUAUUGCACCCGUUACACUGAAGGUCUUUGCAGGUUAUUAUACGAAGGGGUUUGCACUAUUGAAUUUUGUAGUAAAAUACUCCCCUGAAAGACAGCGCUCUCUUCGCCCUCAUCAUGACGCAUCUACAUUUACCAUCAACAUUGCACUCAAUAACGUGGGAGAAGAUUUUCAGGGAGGUGGAUGCAAAUUUCUAAGGUACAAUUGCUCUAUUGAAUCACCCAGAAAAGGCUGGAGUUUCAUGCAUCCAGGGAGACUCACACAUUUGCAUGAAGGACUUCCUGUUAAAAAUGGAACAAGAUACAUUGCAGUGUCAUUUAUAGACCCCUAAGUUAUUUGCUUUUCAUUGAAUUGAAUUUUCUUUUGGAAUGGACGGACAUGUCUUUGAAGUUGUGCUUGAGAAGAUGAGAGGAAUAUUUAAAUAACUUCAACAGAACAACUUCACUUUGGGCCAAACAUUUGAAAAACUUUUUUGUAAAAAAAUUGUUUGAUAUUUCUUAAUGUCUGCUCUGAGCCUUAAAACACAGAUUGAAGAAGAAAAGAAAGA